ACCAAACCUAAACAAUCAAACCCGCCGUCGCCUACAGAUUCCUCCUUCCAUUCCGGUUCUUUCCUUUUCUCUUUCACCCCGCUUAACCGCCGAAAGAGAAGGCGGCGAAGUAGACCGGCGAGUUAACUCUGUUCAGCCGAGGCUAUGGACGACGACGUGGACAUGGGUGAACUAUUUGACGGCUCCAAUCAAAGUAAAAGUCGGCGGGAUCAAACUACAAGCCGGCGAUUUGCCCCUAAAGGUGUGAAAUUUGAACCCAAGGUUAAAGCCGAAGUAUCUCAGUCUCAGCCACCAUUGGCACCCAAUCCAUCGGAAUUAUUACACGAACCUAAGAAAGAGGAGUUUGGUGUUGAAGACGAUGUGAAGCCAGAAUUGGGGAAUGAUACAAUGGCGAUGGAUGUUGACGUGAAGUCAGAGGUGAAAACAGAGACAGACGAUGAUGAUACUAUGGAAACAGAACCGGUUGGAACUCCUACUUCGGUUAAGGAUGAAAUUGUGCGCGAAAUCGAUGUGUAUUUUGUUCCCCAAGUGGAUCCAAAAACUAAGUUGUAUCUAUUCCAAUAUCCACUUCGGCCAUUGUGGAGGCCACAUGAGUUGGAGGAGGCAGAGGUGACGAUGAAUCCAGCUACUUCGGAAACGGAGAUUCAUACGGGUGUUGAUGUUGAACCCAAAAAUUAUGACCCCAAUUCUGAUCCGAGAGUGAAUUUGGAAAAACGGAUUUACAAAACUAAAUGGUCGCCGCAUCACACAAGUCAUUAUGCUGUUGGGGAUCUCAUUGGAAAUAAGCUAUACAUACAUCCUCUUCGUGCUGUUGUUCAACUACGACCAUCACUGCAGCAUCUUGAUUCGAAGGAGUCUAAAAAGAAGUCUAAUGCGGUUGAAGGUGCUGUGAAGUCAGAACAGUUGAAUAACAUUCCUGAGCAGGACAAGGAUGUUGGAGAGGAAUGGAUUACUCUCGCGUAUCGUACUGCCGAAAGUGAAUUGGCACAAGAAUACCAGGAGAAAUUAAAAUCAGGAAAAAACUCACAGAUCAAUUUUACCAUGCAUCCGUCAAACUACUUAGAUAACUUAUGUCCUGGACCCUCUAAAGUUACGUCCAGUUCCUUAAGUGCUUCAAUCAGGGGUCUGCUGGAAUUGCCACUAAAAGAGCGGUUUAAAACUUGGCUCAUUCAGGGUCCUCCAUUACAUAGAUUUGAUGCUCUGAAGUACCUCGCCCCAGAUGAAUCAGAUGUAGAAAUAUUAACGAUCUUACAAGAAUAUGGUAGGUUGGUUCAAGGUCUGUGGGUUGCAAAAAGUGAAUUGGUGCAUGGAACAGAUGAACGAAGUAAAAUUCUGGCCAGGGACUAUAUUCUUCUUCAGUUUAGCAAGUCUGUGAAGAUUAAGAUCUCCCACUUAUCACUAAAGCCCCGACAAUUUGAACUAAUGAAAGAAGCCCUAAAUGGAUUGGGUGUAGAGCGACAAAUCUUCAAUGAUUGGAAACUUAAAGAGCUCCCAGAUAACAACUUUUUGAGAAAAUAUCCCCAAAUUGUCUCAAAACAAAAUGAAGAAUGGAUAGACACAGAAAAUAAAAUGAGUCUCAUUUUUGGUCGAAAAAAUGUUCCUAUGGUGUCAAAAGGGUCUAGUAAAGUAGGUACGGGCACUCAUACUGGAGCGACAUCGAUAACUGAUAUGCCGGAAGAAACUCGAGAUGCCGUAACCAAAGCCCUUCAGAAAUUAUUUAAAAGUGUCAAUAUUUGCAGGUUUCAACAAAUUGGCAAGCUGCUAAGGGACUUGGCAGUUUCUGACACCGGAUUCGCCAAAGAGGCCAUGUCUGCAGCAAGCAUCAUCGACACACAUCCUAAAGAAUUUGAGGCAAUUCUCAAAGAAGUGGCUGUAAAUAUUCAUGGAAUUUGUGUUAGGAAAUCGUCGCCAGAACAACCACAAUUUGAUGCAUUCAGGAGAGUUGUUAUUGGUCAUUUUCUUGGAAACGAACCAAAUGCAAAGCUUAAAAAGGCUACCAUUUUUGAAGCUGCUAAAAUGUCACUCCAGAGGAACAUAAACAAUAAUGAGUAUAAGAAGGUCAUGGAAGAGCUUUGUUUAUAUAGAGGAGGUUCUUGGAUCCUCAGGAGUGGUGAUUAAAGCCCAAAGGUUUGAUGAUAUACAGACGAGGGCGAUAAGAAUGUGAAGACAAGGUGUUGUGCUUACAUCUACGGGAUCUUAUUCUACACCUUGAAUUAUGAUUUUGGAUUAUCAAUUUUUUGUUUUUAUUUUAUUUUAGAACACUUUAUGAAAUUGUAAGGACUAUUGUAAGCUCU